GGGUGGGAGAAAGAGCUUUUCUUUGAAGCAGGUGUGAAUGUUGUAAUUAAUCACCUUGAUUAGCAUUUAAUGGCCCUGUGGCUUCAAGGCCUGGCUUCUUCUUGCCUGGGAGAAUCUUUUUUUGGGAGGAGUUAGCUGUCCCUGAUUGUUUACUGUCUGGAUUUCUUCUGUUUUCAGAGUGUUGUUCUUUAUUUAUUGUCCUGAUUUUAGAGGGUUUUUUUUUAAUACUGAGGGCUAUCUGGGUUAUCUAAGUCCACACUGCCCUAUAUCCCUGUUCAAUGUUUAGUGCUAAAUUUGCAAAUAUAGUAAUUCCUACAUAACAUUACCAUGUAUUGAACUGCUUUUUCUAUUGAUUUGUUGUAAAACAUGAUGUUUUGGUGCUUAAUUUUUAAAACCAUAAUGUAAUUUGAUGUUUUAUAGGCUUUUCCUUUAUACUUCCUUAUUAUCCAACAUUUUCGCUUAUCCGCUUUUAUUUUUCAGUGAUUGGUUUGCGGGGCGCCAGAAUUCUGUUCGCCUACACUUGAAAAAUACCUAGGGCCGGCUCUGGGUGCAGAUCAAGGAAUGGGGAUCCAGCCUCUGCUGGAUGGGAUUACACUUCCUCUGAAGGCACAAGUUCACAGUCUGGGUUUACUCUUGGAUUCAGCCUUGAGCCUGAGGGUCUAGUUUCUGCCAGGAGUGCAUUUACAAAAUAAAAACUACAGCACUAGCUGCAUCCUUUCCGGGAAAUGUGUUAUCUGUUUAUGGUGAUGCAUCCACAGGUUACAUCCCAUUUGGAUUAUUGUAACAUGCACUGCUCUAAUAGCUCUCAGUCCAUUUCUGGGCAUGAUUCAAAGUCCUUCUUAGGACCAAUAAAGUCUUAUAAGAUCUAAGUCCAGUCUAUCAUCCUAUAUGUUCCUGCCUAGACUCCAUUAUAUUUAGGGAAGACCCUUUACUUGGUCCCACCUGGUACCACCAGGGUGUCACGCACAAGGCAGCGGAGCACCAAGAACCGUACACGGAGGCCAAUAACUAUCUAAUAUCUUUAUUAAGGAAAUAAAUAAGAUUAAUAAAAACAAGUAGAAAAUAUAGUUCAGAAGCAGACCUAUCGAAUGAGGUCAAAUAUAGUCCAGAAAUAUAUUGUCCAAUAAAUGAUAUUAGAGUCCAAAGAUAAAAUCCAAUAAACCGAAACACACACUAUUGCCAAGCAAUAGUGUGGGGAAAUGUCCAGGGUCUUUCAAGGUCCAAGGUAAAACCACAAGAAGGCUGGAAACAAAGCUUGAAUCUAGGAACAAGGUCCGUGACUAGGAACGAGGCAAGGCAAUUCUUGAAUACUUGAAUAGGCAAGGCAAGGAAACUGGAUUUAUGGAUUUAGCGAAGUCCCCACUAGGCUGGAACACGAAUUCACUCCUGAAGCUGCUCUGUUGUCUCCGCACGGAAUCAACCGUGCCAGGCACCUUUAACUGGGUCUCGUUUUCCCGCCAAACAGGUGUCCAGCGUUCUCUUUUCCUAGAGAACAGGAAACGAAACCCAACUUUCCAGAUGUGAGACUCCCUGGAUUUUCCCAGGGGAAACAUGGCUAAUCAGUGUCUUGUUUGGCUGCAAUUCUGAAACUCCUGCGAACUCGCUCUUUCACUCCCCUGUCUGCAGCAAAGGACUGUCUCCUAGCGAAGGGAGGUGAAAGCUGCUCAAGGUCUGUUUUAAUGGGUUCUUGGGCAGGAACAUCAACAUCAGGCAUCUGGAAGGAUUCCAGCUGUUGUUGAUCCGGAGAAAACCCCAUGUCUUCAUCCUCAUCAGCCACAGUGACACCAGGAGUGGGACUACAAGGCCCAUGAGGCAUCACACAGGGAGGCUAGGAGGGCUUCCUUCUGUUGUCUUUUUGUUCACAAGAAUCUUUGCUUAUUUGAACUAUAGAGUGCCCAGGACCAGGAAGGAGAUAUUUGAAACUCUAAUAAAAGGACUACAAAGGUUAGAAUACAGGGGAUAUGACUCUGCAGGUGUUGCAAUUGAUGGAAAUAAUAAUGAAGAGAAGGAAAGGAACAUCAAAUUAGUUAAAAAAAGAGGAAAAGUAAAGGCUCUUGAUGAGGAGUUACAAAAACAAGAUGGUUUGGAUCUAAAGGCAGAUUUUGAGACACAUUUUGGCAUUGCUCACACCCGCUGGGCGACUCAUGGAGCACCAAACGCAGUGAACAGUCACCCUCAACGGUCAGAUAAAAGCAAUGAAUUUGUUGUAAUCCAUAAUGGGAUCAUUACAAAUUAUAAAGACCUAAGGAAGUUUUUGGAGACCAAAGGGUAUGAGUUUGAAUCUGAAACUGAUACUGAGACCAUAGCGAAGCUAAUCAAAUAUGUGUACGAUAAUAGAGAGACCGAAGAUAUCAGCUUUUCUACAUUAGUUGAAAGAGUCAUUCAUCAGCUGGAAGGAGCUUUUGCAUUGGUUUUCAAAAGUAUCCAUUAUCCUGGGGAAGCUGUUGCUACUAGGAGAGGGAGUCCCCUGCUUAUUGGAGUUCGCAGUGAAUCUAAGCUUUCCACUGAAGAAAUCCCAAUUUUAUAUAGAACAUGUAAUAUUGAAAAUGUAAAGAAUAUAUGUAAAACACGGAUGAAACGGCUGGACAGUUCUACCUGCCUUCAUGCUGUUGGAGAUAAAGCAGUUGAAUUUUUCUUUGCUUCAGAUGCAAGUGCCAUAAUUGAGCAUACCAACAGAGUCAUUUUUCUAGAAGAUGAUGACAUUGCGGCAGUGGCUGAAGGGAAGCUUUCUAUUCACCGGUUAGAACGCUCAGCCAGCGAUGACCCUUCUCGAGCCAUACAAACCUUGCAAAUGGAGCUUCAGCAAAUCAUGAAAGGGAACUACAGUGCUUUCAUGCAGAAGGAGAUAUUUGAACAACCAGAAUCUGUUUUCAAUACUAUGAGAGGAAGGGUGAACUUUGAGACCAACACAGUUCUUUUAGGUGGCUUAAAGGAUCACUUGAAAGAAAUCAGAAGAUGCAGACGACUGAUAAUUAUUGGUUGUGGAACCAGUUAUCAUGCGGCUGUGGCUACCCGUCAAGUGUUGGAAGAACUGACUGAACUACCUGUGAUGGUAGAGCUUGCCAGUGAUUUUCUGGAUCGAAAUACUCCUGUAUUUAGAGAUGAUGUAUGCUUUUUCAUCAGCCAGUCUGGGGAAACUGCUGAUACACUGAUGGCUUUACGAUACUGUAAGGAACGCCGAGCUUUGACGGUUGGAAUUACAAACACUGUUGGAAGCUCAAUAUCUAGAGACACAGACUGUGGGGUCCAUAUCAAUGCAGGGCCUGAGAUCGGAGUGGCAAGCACAAAGGCUUACAACAGUCAGUUCAUCUCUCUUGUAAUGUUUGGCUUGAUGAUGUCUGAAGACAGAAUUUCCUUGCAAAAUAGGAGACAGGAGAUCAUAAAUGGUCUAAAGUCACUACCCGAGCUGAUAAAAGAAGUACUGUCCUUGGAUGAAAAGAUACAUGAUCUGGCACUUGAACUGUAUAAACAGAGAUCACUCUUGGUUAUGGGUCGUGGCUACAAUUAUGCUACUUGCUUGGAAGGUGCAUUGAAAAUCAAGGAAAUUACCUAUAUGCAUUCUGAAGGCAUCCUGGCUGGGGAGCUGAAACAUGGGCCAUUGGCUCUGAUAGAUAAACAGAUGCCAGUGAUCAUGAUUAUUAUGAAAGAUCCCUGCUUCACAAAGUGCCAGAAUGCUCUACAGCAAGUCACUGCUCGCCAGGGUCGCCCUGUUAUCUUAUGUUCCAGAGAAGAUACUGAGAGCUCCAAGUUUGCUUACAAAACUAUUGAGCUUCCACAGACUGUGGACUGUCUGCAAGGAGUUUUGAGUGUUAUUCCUCUACAGCUGCUUUCAUUCCACCUGGCUGUUCUCAGAGGAUAUGAUGUGGAUUUUCCAAGAAAUCUGGCCAAAUCUGUGACUGUGGAAUAAGUGUAGUGCUAUUAAAAUAUGUGUUACAAAUAAUCUGAAAUUACUUUUCUAUCACAAGAUCUUUUAACAAAGUGUUUUGAUGACACUGACUUUACAAAGCACACCACUACAAAACAUAAUUAUAUUUCAGUGGGAUUUUGAUUAUGGAAAUGUGGAACCAAUGGAAUGGAGAUACUGCUAACUGGAAAGUAUUUGGAAGGGUAUUUUUAAUGAAAAAUCUGCUUACUGUGCCUUUAAAUAUUUGUUACAUGCCUUGCACCUAAGUGCUCUUGCUUAUAGCAUCUCUGAAAUAAAAACAUUGCCAAAGAAUAGAAGGAAAUCAUUGUUUACAUAUGGUUAAUGAAUGGUAUUUUCUAUAACUGUGCAAUAUGUAUGUACAUAGCUUACCCCUGUAUUACUGUGAAUAAAUCAACACUAUACAUGCAGGCUGAUUUUAUACAUGUAGAUGUAGGAUAUACUCCCAGGUACAUGUGCGUAGGACUGCUGCCUUACUUUUAAAUACAAAGUAUUUAUAUAUGCACAAAUGUAUAGCAUUUAAGUUAUUUUUACUUUAUCAGUUGCUUGUAGUAGUGGCAAUGCUCAAGUUUUCAUUCUGGGCUCAUUAAAAUUUUGCUAAUUAUGUACAAAUACUUUUAUCAUUUGCGUUUUUUACUUUUAAGUACAACCUUAAGUACAAAGUUUUUUGUUAUUUUCUGCCUUUCUCCUCUAGUGUUAUGUACCUGAGAAAAUACUCUUGCAUCUUUCCACAGAUCCUUCCAUUCAUACUGCAUCUAUGUAUUUUUAUUAUUAUUCAUGAACUCUUUAAAGUUUCUCAAAUACCAUUCAGACUAUGUUUCUAUUGUUUGUUGUUCUCUUUGGUCCAAAUGCCAUUUUACUUGAGCCAAACUAUCUUCAUCUUAUUGAGCAGUAUUAUUUAAUCUUGUAAGGCCUAAAUACUUGUAAGGUUAUAGAAUGUUAUGUGAGCUCAGAUCUGUUGGUUCUGUUUGCUAUGCAAUUAAAGAAAAUAUUGAUUACAA